AUGAGACCUCAGUGUAUGAGACCUGUGCAGCUGCUCUGCCUCCUAGGGGCCAUCUCCACUCUGCCUCGGUCUGGAGCUCUUUUGUGCUAUGAAGCAACUGCCUCAGCCUUCAGAGCUGUUGCUUUCCAUGAUUGGAAGUGGCUUCUGAUGAGGAGCAUGGUGUGUAAGCUGAGAGAGGGCUGUGAGGAGACACUAGUAUUCAUCGAGACAGGGACCACAAAGGGAGUUGUGGGUUUUAAAGGCUGCAGCUCAGCCUUAUCUUAUCCCCCGCAAAUCUCCUACCUCGUUUCACCGCCUGGAGUGUCCAUUGCCUCCUAUAGCCAUGUCUGCCGGACCUAUCUCUGCAACAAUCUCACCAACUUGGAGCCUUUUGUGAAACUCAAGGCCACAGAUUCCAAGUCUAUAGCAUUUUCUUCUCAUAAUUGCCCAACAUGUGUGGGACAGCACACUAAGGAAUGCCUCCCAAAUUUUGUCACCACCAGUUCUUGCCCCUACACCGCCCCUAAGUGUUACAGUUCCACCUUAAAAUUUCAGGCAGGGUUUCUCAAUACCACCUUCCUCCUCAUGGGCUGUGCUCGUGAACAUCAAAAGAUUUUAGGAGAUUUUCAGUAUAUUGGGAGCAUCAAAGUGACUGAGGUCCUCAACAUCUUAGAGAAGUCUCAGAUUAUUGAUGCAGGAUCUUCCAGUCGAGAUCCUGCUUGGGGCCUCCUCUUAGGCCUCCUGCUUGCCUUCAGCGACUGA